AAACUAAAUAUGUAUUGUAAACAAUGGCAUGUAUAUAAGUCUGUUGUUAGAAUCAACUCGUUAGUGUUUUAUUGAACUGCUAAAACAUCACCAUGAGGGUUACAUUUGUGAUUGGCAUUUUUCUGUUUGCCAUGGUAACGGCUCUCCCACAAGAUAAGGUACUAAAGGAACUGGAGGAGGAUUUGCAGCAAGCCUUCAAGGUAGGAGGGGAAUUACAUCUGGACAAGAAAAAUGCUGGAUUUAGUGGCCUUUCAGCGGGUCAGAAACAGGACAUGGUGGAUUUCCAUAACAAAGCCAGAUCCGAGGUAUCCCCGUCCGCAUCUAACAUGCUGAAAAUGUCCUGGAGUGACGAGCUCGCUGAUGUAGCUCAGAACUACGCCGAACGUUGUGUCUGGUCCCAUAAUCCUUCAAGGUCAGCUGCUCCGUCCUUCAGCUAUGUUGGCGAGAAUCUUUUCUUGACAUCUGGAUCAUAUAAAGGAGAAGGUGUCGUGAACUCGUGGGUUAAAGAGGUGAACAAUUACAACUAUUUCACGUUAGGUUGUACUUCAGUGUGUGGACACUAUACACAGGUUGUGUGGCACGACUCAGAGUUUGUCGGAUGUGGCGCUGCACAAUGUAACUCCGUCUACGGUCUGAGCAGUGGUUGGUCCAACGCCAUUAUUGUCGUAUGUAACUACGGAAAGGGGGGUAACUACCGUGGGAGACAGCCCUACACACAGGGAAGGUCAUGUUCGGCUUGUCCCUCCGGUAAAGUUUGUCAGAACAGACUGUGUGCUAACCCCGGGGAUACAGGUUCCAGCAGUGGCGCCAAUGGCAGCAGUGGAAGCUCUACCUGUAAUUAACUACAGACUACUAAUAUACUAGCACGCUUUUUAUUUCCUUAAUUUGUUUCUGUCCAUCAACAAUACGAUAAUAAAUCAGUCUUGCAUCCGAAA